UCAUGAAAAUUCCAAAGUGUGAAUAUUCUGGCGAUUGUGAGAAAAUUGCCUUUCUGGUGAAGAGUACCCAACAAAGCCUUCACAAUGAAGACUUGUUUGUGUGUUCAAAAUGUCUGAAUUCCAGAUUCGCUUCAGAACCAAUUGUUCAAAUCCCUAACCCUAGAGACAUUUUACACUGAUUAGAAGCAGCCGAACACAAUCUGAUGAGAAUUGACCAUUUCAGAGAAUGGCAUAACCUCGACAAAUUAUGAGUUAAACUUUUACCAGAACUGAAAGACUAUAAGGAUACACAUGCACAGCUUAACAGUAAAUUCCAGAUAUCUAUUUUGACUCUCCUGUAGAUGACCUGGCUUCAGCAAAGGCUACCAAUGGCUGGGACAGACUCCCUUAUCUUCAUGUUGAAGCCAGGACUCUUCUUGAGACUGUGCUGGAGUCUCGUCUCUGGAAAGAAUACUGCAAAGAAGACAGUAUCAGACAGUUCAGAGACAACCAGUACGGGACCAGAAAGAUGUACAGUGCUUCCAAGAAGUGGGUCAACGGACAAAUGGUAAAGCUGAGAGAUCACCUUGCUAUAACCAGGUAUGGGGAACUCAAGGAAGAGCACAAGCAACUAAAGAAACAGUACGAUCAGAAAAGUGAACUGUGAGAUGAGAAACAACAGAAAAUUGAAAGACAGAUGAGAGAACUCCAGACUCAAGACUUGAAGCUAAUAACAUCGAACAGUCAGGUAGUCGCAAGCAAGAAAAAGCUUGAGAAUGCAGAACAGAUUAUGAUAAAGCAAGAAAACAGUUUAUCAGAGCUUAGAGAAAAACAGAAACAAGACAAGAACAAGUUUAAUGAAGACUUAGAAGCUAUAAAUCAGGAAAAAGCUAAGCUCGAGAAGAAGCGAAUCAAGGACAAGGAAAAAAUAAAAGUUUUGAAGGAAGAACUAGCUAAAGCUGAAGAGCUCAGAUUGCAGAGCGAAAGAAAUGCUGAAGACCAUAAAGAACACUCAGAACCAAAAUUAGAGCUUGAUGAUACUACUGUAAUUAUAGAUGGAUUAGAACAGAAAAUCAAAGAAAUAACAGAAUUGUGAUUAUGCCUUAAUCAAGAAAAACACAUCGAGUUGAUAAACCAACUAAUCCCAUACAAAAUGCCUCCUCUCAAAUCACUAACUUCCGUAUUAGCCAAAAGCCACCAAAACACUGAACUAUUGAAUAAAUUCUUUUCGAACUCAAUUUGAGAGCACAUCCAACACUUUAGUUUCGGAACUGAUCGCUGCACUCUUUCAAUAACUCCCUGUAUGUCCUCCCUCUCCAAGGUCUUACCUUGCGUUACUCAACAGGUUAGCAUUUAUUUCUUUGACUUGGCCCAGACUGAGUUCGAAGAACUUCUGGUUGCAGCUAAAAAUGCGAAAUGGGUGAGGAUUAGUAGAGGCAGGAUUGUAGGUGACUGUCAGCUGGACUUCGGAGGUAGGCUCGAAGGAGCUGCUUUUGAAGAAUUUGAAUUUAGAUGUUUGGCUUAUGAUUCCGAGGGAGUUGAUGAGAUCUUUUUCAGGAGCAUAGUGAAGGGACUGGCUGAAAUGGAGAGUGAGAAGAGUAGAAUGAUAAGGAUGGUUGUGGAUUAUUCUCAUUAUAAUAAAGAAAAAGGUAAAAAGAUUUUGAAAGAAUAUGGACUGACUAAAAUUAAGUUGGGGUAA